AUAACCCUCUAGAUUUUCCCUCGUUUCAUCUCAUUCUUCGCCAUCUUUCCUCUUUACUUGUAUCUCUCCAAAACCACAAAACUAAAAUAGCAAUAGAACCACUAAAGAUUUGUGUUAACAAAAAAAAAAAAUGGGCUCAUUGAUAGGUCACGUAGUACCAGGGUUUGGUUUCUUUCUUGUUGGUAUUUGGCAUUUGCUCAACCACAUAAAAUUACAUGCAUUUCACCCAAAAUCCUACACUUCCUUGCCAUGGUUUCCAGCUCCAAGAACAAGGUAUGCGGAGCUUUUCGUGAUUAUGUUUGGCACCUUAGUCUCCAUAUCAAUGGAACUCUUCAUUGGUCCAUCAAAACACCAACCAUUCGAUUCUGAUGGAACCAUACCUUCAUAUCAUCUCCAUAACUUUGAACAUGCAAAUAUCUCCCUUACUUUCUUUGUCUAUGCAGCCUUUUCGAUAUUAUUCGACAAAAUCAUCCCUUCAACCUCAGCACAAAAUAGUCUUACAUUAUUUCUUGGAGCUGUUGCUUUUGGUCAAGAACUCCUUCUCUUCCAUCUUCAUUCUACUGACCAUAAAGGUGUUGAAGGACAAUACCAUUGGCUUCUCCAAGUUAUCAUUUUUUCAUCUUUCAUGACUACCCUUUUGGGAAUUCCUUUCCCUAAAAGUUUCUUGAAUAGUUUUGUGAGAUCAUAUAGUAUUAUGUUUCAAGGAAUUUGGAUGAUGGUCAUAGGUAUCAUGCUUUGGACUCCAGAAUUCAUCUCAAAAGGUUGCCUUUUGAACUUUGAAGAAGGGCAUAAAGUGGUUAGAUGUCAUAAUAAGGAAGCACUUGAAAGAGCAAAGGCAUUAGUAAAUAUCCAAUUCAGUUGGUAUUUGGUUGGGGUUACUGUUUUUACCGUCUCCCUUUAUUUGGUUCUUGUCAAGUUUUUUAGAGAAAAUGUUGAGUACUUGUCUUUAAUAAGAAAAUUUGAGAAGGAGGAUUUGGAGGAUGUUGAAGCUCAGAAGAAAAGACUUGUCAGCCAUGCUGAGCAAAAGAGGUUUCUUGAAAUGGGAAAACUAGAGAAUAAUUAGAAACAAAAUGUUCCUUGUGGGGAAGGAUUGAGGGGGGGGGGAGUUGGAUAAAAAAAUAAAUAUAUUCUGAUUUGGAUUGUUGUAUUUACUUAUUUGAUCAAAGCCUAGUAAAAGUGGGCAAGGGAUUGAUCAGUUCAAUAUUUAUGUGGUUUGUUUUUAUAUAUAUAUAUAUAUA